UCUAAGUCGAGUCGAGUUUGUGCCGCAGACGUGGCUGCAUCUUCUGAAGACAUCAGUCUCUUCAACAAUCGAUUUUAAAUAAUUUUAAUUGUUACACUACAUAAAUUUAUUUAAAUCAUGAGAGAAAUCGUUCACUUGCAAGCCGGUCAAUGCGGCAAUCAAAUUGGCGCCAAGUUCUGGGAAGUGAUAUCUGAAGAACAUGGGAUUGAUCAAAAUGGAAUUUAUCAUGGCGACAGUGAUCUUCAAUUAGAAAGAAUUUCCGUUUACUACAAUGAAGCUUCCGUUGCAACAGCAACAAAUGGAGGUAAAUAUGUACCCCGAGCAAUUUUAUUGGACUUGGAACCAGGAACAAUGGACGCAGUUCGUUCAGGAGCCUACGGAAAACUAUUUCGGCCAGAUAAUUACGUCUUCGGACAAUCAGGGGCAGGAAACAAUUGGGCCAAAGGACAUUACACUGAAGGAGCCGAGCUAGUAGACUCAGUACUUGAUGUAGUUCGCAAAGAAUGUGAAAACUGCGAUUGCCUACAAGGUUUCCAGUUAACCCACUCCCUCGGCGGUGGAACAGGAUCCGGCAUGGGUACUCUUCUUAUCUCAAAGAUCCGCGAAGAGUAUCCUGAUAGAAUAAUGAACACUUACUCUGUAAUGCCCUCGCCAAAAGUAUCUGAUACUGUCGUCGAGCCUUACAAUGCAACUUUGUCUGUUCACCAGUUGGUUGAAAACACCGACGAGACUUAUUGUAUUGACAAUGAAGCUCUUUAUGACAUUUGUUUCCGUACUUUGAAGGUUGCAAAUCCUUCUUACGGUGACUUGAACCAUCUUGUAUCACUUACAAUGUCGGGAGUGACCACUUGCUUAAGAUUCCCUGGACAAUUGAAUGCUGACUUGCGUAAACUUGCUGUCAAUAUGGUACCGUUUCCACGACUGCACUUUUUUAUGCCUGGUUUCGCACCUCUGACAUCCCGUUCAAUGCAACAAUACUCAGCACUGUCAGUUCCUGAAUUAACUCAACAGAUGUUCGACGCUAAAAAUAUGAUGGCUGCUUGUGACCCACGUCAUGGAAGAUAUCUUACUGUCGCCGCUGUAUUUCGGGGUAGAAUGUCAAUGAAAGAAGUUGAUGAACAAAUGCUAAGUGUCCAGAAUAAAAAUAGCUCGUACUUUGUUGAAUGGAUACCAAAUAAUGUUAAGACUGCGGUUUGUGAUAUUCCACCCAAGGGUUUGAAAAUGUCGUCGACUUUCAUUGGAAAUACAACAGCGAUUCAGGAAUUGUUUAAACGAAUUUCGGAACAAUUUUCUGCUAUGUUUAGAAGAAAAGCUUUCCUUCAUUGGUACACUGGUGAGGGUAUGGAUGAAAUGGAAUUCACUGAGGCUGAAUCAAAUAUGAAUGAUUUGGUGUCUGAGUAUCAACAGUACCAAGAGGCUACCGCUGAAGAAGACUUUGAAACUGAAGAAGCUGCUGAUGAUUUUGAAACUUGCGAACAAGAGUAAUGCAGACUGAUAAUUAUUAUUAUUUAAUUUAUUAUUUAUGGUAACAAUCAAUAAUUAUUCAUUUAAUCACUACUUCACACUGUAAAAAAAUUUUCAGAGUGAUAGCGGAUUUAAAUAAAGUCCAGAUCACUUCGAAAUCACUCCGCUGAAAAACGGACUCCGAAUUUACUCCGUAAGCGGAGUGAAUUUUUUUUAAACGGACAUCCGAGUGAACUCGGAUCUAAAUAAAAUCCGUAAUCACUCGCAAUUUUUUACAGUUCAUUAAUUGGUUUACUAAAAUUUAAUUAAUUAUUAUAUUAACAACACAAUAUCAUCUUCAUGUCUAUGAAAUACUGCUUUUUUCAUACUUUUAUAUAUGAAUUUUUUUUUUUUAUAUGUACUUGUACUAGUUUAAAAUGUAUUGUAUGAUUUAUUAUUAUAAAAUUAUAAUUGCUUGAGUUUUUAAAUAAAUUUGCGGUAUCGAUUAAUUUAAUUACUUAAUUAUUAUUAUUAAAAUAUAUAAUAAUGACGUAGAAUAUAUGAUUGUGAAAUGAAAAUGAAAAUAAAAUGUUUGUAAUUUUUGGUUGAGAAAAAAUUUUAUAAAUAUCUUAGUUAAUAAAUAUAUAUGUAUUUGUAUGAAAAAUAAAAAAUAUAAAUUAAGCUGCAUGUUCAUCUUGAUCCCUGCGACUGUGGCUAUCAUGGUGAUGAAUAACUUGAGUACUGGUUUUAGCUUCUUGACAUUUAUGCUUAUGGUACUCGGAUAUUAAAUCUUGAAUCACUUGCAGAUCCUCUUCAAAAUCCGUCUCUCCUAUUCCUCUUUUUAUGUGGGAGUAAAAACACAUUUUUUUUUAGACAUUUCUCCACAGCCGCUGAAAUUAAUUUUUAAUGAUCGCAGUAUUGCUGAAUAUUUACUAUUAUUGUUACUAAAAUUUUCAAAUCUAUAAUAAAUUAUUUAGUUUUAUUAAUUUUCCAAUACAUUUAUAUUUUUAAUUUUUAAAAUUUUUAUUCGCACGCUAGAGGUAACCCGGAAAAAAAUGUUUAGAUCUAAUGGAAUUCAAAACAAUUAUUCAAUAAAUAAGGGUCGAAAAUUACUACAAAAUUAAUACGAGUUACAAAAAAAACUACACUGUAAAAAAUCGGGGGGUGAGCCCGGAUUUUAUUUCAAUCCAAAUUCACUCCGUCAUUCAGAGUUCCGGAGUUAAAAAAAAAAUCACUUCGCAUACGGAGUAAAAAGGAAUUUUUUUUUUAGUCGAGUGAUUUCGGAGUGGAUUUUAUUUGAUACCAGACUACACUC